GUUAUAAAAGCAGAACCGAAUAGUUCCAUUGCCAUUUCGUUAAAACAUCGAAGUGACUUUGCGAAGUAUAUUGGCUAUUUGAAAAUCCUUGUGUUCGUUUACAAGAGUGUCGAAGUUCUCAGGAGCGAAGGUUUAUUGUCCACUGUACAUAAAUAUUUUUUGUACACAGGAUCCUAAGCACCGUAUCCUUUAUUGGAUUGGGAGGUGAUAGUCGAGAUGGUUGGUAUAAAACGUGAUGGACCGACAGUGUUGAUGAGAAUUACAAAAAUACUAGUUUACAAGAAUGAAAGAGACAAUGCAGAGAAGAUGAUGAUGAAUCAAUUGGAGAAGAUGGGGAAGAAGUUAGAUUUCGAGCAGGAGUCGGAUAAACUGAUAUUGGAGGAAAUUAAGAAGUUGAAUGUGGAGAUUAAGACUUCGAAUGGGACAUGGUGUUUUUGUCUAUCGAGAACAAACAAGGUGUCAACAAGGAUGAAUGAAUUGAGGAAGAUGGAGAAGAUGUUGCAUUAUGAUAAAAUGGUGAUGGAGAAGAAGAUUAGGAAUUUGAUUAUGGAGGUAAUGAAGAACCUGGUGAAGAAGCUGGAUUGUGAGCCUUUCGUAUCAUUGUGUAAUCAGGGAGUGCGUAAGGGGUUGAGCAUAAUGGAUGAUUUUGAGAAGAUUGAGAAGAUGUUGGAUUUGGAGCAGGAGUCGGAUAAACUGAUGAUGGCGAAGAUUAAGAGCUUGAAGGUGGAGGUAAUGAAGAUCGUUGUAAGAAAGCUGGCGAAGGAUCUCGAUUGUGAGCGUUUCGUUUCAUCGAAAAGAAACGAAAUAUGGAUCGUAAUGAAUGAAUUGGAAAAGAUGGAGAAGAUGUUGGAUUUGCAGCAGAAGUCAGACAAACUAAUCAUGGUGAAGAUUAAGAAGUUGAAGAUGGUUGUAAUGAAGAAACUGGUACGGAACCUGGAGAGGGAGCUGGAUUGUGAGGGUUUCUCAUGGGAAGUGCACAAGGGUUUGAGUGUAAUGGAUGAUUUGGAGAAGAUUGAGAAGAUGUUGGAUUUGGAUCAGGAGUUGGAUAAAAUGAUGAUGGAAGAGAUUAAGAAGUUGAAGACAAAGAUACUGGACAACCUGAUUAAGGAGCUGGCUGAGGAGCUCGUUUGUUGGGGUUCGUCAUCGGGAACAAUCCUGGCAACGGACGCAAUGGAUAAUUUGAAGAAGAUGGAGAACAUGUUGGAUUUGGAGCAUAAGCCAGAUAAACUGAUGCAUGAGGAGAUUAAGAAGUUGAAGAUGAAGGUAAUGAAGAUCGCGGUGAGGGAGUUGCUGAGAGACCUGGAUGAUGAGCGUUACACAUCAUGGGGAGAAAACAAGACAGAGCAGGUAUUGAAUGAAUUGAAGAUCAUGGAGAAUAUGUUAGAUUUGGAGCAGGAGUCGGACAAACUGAUGAUGGAGGAGAUUAAGAAGUUGAAGAUGGAGGUAAUGAAGAACCUGGUGAAGACCCUGGCGACGGAGCUGGAUCGUGAGGAUAUCGAGGGAGAAAACAAGACAGAGCAGGUGAUGAAUGAAUUGAAGAUGAUGGAGAGGAUGUUAGAUUUGGAGCAGGAGUCGGACAAACUGAUGAUGGAGGAGAUUAAGAAGUUGAAAAUGGAGGUAAUAAAGAACCUGGUGAAGACCCUGGCGACGGAGCUGGAUCGUGAGGAUAUCGAGGGAAGACACCAGACAUGUGAGGUAAUGAAUGAAUUGAAGAUGAUGGGGAACACGUUGGAUUUGGAGCAGGAGUCGGACAAACUGAUGAUGGUCAAGAUUAGAAAGUUGGAAAUGGAGGUAAUAAAGAAUCUGGUUAAGAACCUGGCGAGGGAGCUGGAUUGUAGGGGUUUCAUAUCAUGGACACCAAACGAGGGAAUGAGGUAUGAGUUGAUGAGGAUGGAGAUGAUGUUGAAUUGGAAUUUGGAGUCGGAUGAACUGUUGAAGGAGCUGAUUUGCAAGGUGAAUUUGAAUAUGAAGAUGCCAAGCGCUAGCCAGUUUGUGACGGAUUUGAUAUAUCCUUGCAAUCCUUGCUUUUGGCCAUGGCAUCGUGUGGUCAGGAUUCGAUUGAAGUUUCUUUUCCACCUGAAAUUCUUGGCAAACAAGAUUUUAAUGAAAAAGAAAAAAUCGAGGUGUGAAAAAAGAAAGGCUUUAUUAGCAAAGAAGAGCGUGUAUUCCAAGAAAGGUUGUAGCUAUUCGGAGAAAUUUUCAUCCAAGAAGAGAACUUAUUCCAAAUUGAACUGUGGCUGUUCUGACAUGUUUUUAUCAAAAGAUGACAAUGCGAACUCUGAGCGAGAUUGUAGUUUAUUGAUACAAGUCACAGACGCCACACGACUACAACUUGCUCUCGCCUGUAAAACAAGAAGCGAAGUCGUUUUCAAGGCAAAAAGGCGAAUUUGGAGGAAGGAACCUCCACAAAUAUGGCGGGAAUUGCCCCCCAGGAUGAUAACAAUCUAUCUAAUUUCGAAGGUUUUUUUCCAGAUGAUUUUCUGGUUAACAUAUGGAAUUUUGAUGCAGGAUUAUUUGGCCAAAGCUACGUUCCGUUUUACGACGUUUUAGAGGAUCUUUCCUCGCCUUCUGA